AUCGAUAGUAAAUGCAAGCGGAAUGCAAUCAGAAACACCAAAGAAAAUUUUUUCCAGUCUUCUGGUAAUAAUCCUUGAUGUUAAUCCAGCUCAAGAUACUUUGCUUAGUGGAGAAAUAAAGCUAUCAUCCAUACUAAGUUCUGUUGUUGCUUUUGCUAAUUCUCAUCUAAUGCUUCGGACCCAUAAUAAAGUUGCAGUGCUUGCAUCAGAUCCAAAUAGUUGUGAUUUUAUUUAUUCUGAUCAAGAUGAACUCGAUUUUAAAAAGAAAACAGUUAGUAGUUGUAAAAUGGGUGGAAGCCAAUAUGAAUUAUUUAGUCAUAUAGAUCGUUCUAUCAAAUUUAAUAUAGUGAAAUUCCUCAAGGAUGCAGCUGAAGAACCUCAUAUGUCUAGAGAUACUGUGUUUGGAGCAUCUUGUGCCAAAGCUUUAUGCUAUAUAAACAGAUUACAAAAUAAUUUAUUUCCGGGCGAAACAAUGAAUUCAAGAAUAUUAAUUAUAUCUGGUUGUGAUAAUGAAGGAGACAAAUACAUACGUUGUAUGAAUACAUUUUUCACAGCUCAAAAACAAAAUGUAGCUAUCGAUGUUUGUAGUCUUACCCAUGAUGUCACUCUAUUAAAACAAGCAUGUUAUAUCACAGAAGGUUCAUAUUUUCGUAUGCCUAAAUUAGAAGGAUUAUUACUGUAUUUACAAUGGAUAUUUUUAACGGAACCUUCAUCUAGAAAAAAAUUAGUCAUACCAUUAGCUCCUCAGUUAGACUUCCGACCUUUUUGUUUUUGCCAUGGAACCCUAACAGCAAUUGGUUUUGUGUGUUCAUUAUGUUUAACUAUUUAUUGUAAAAUAAGUCCUAUUUGCACAACUUGUGAAGCAGUUUUCAAAGUACGAUCAGCUAUUGCAGUCAAACCUAAAAAGAAGAAAAUUAAAACAAGUGUGAAUAAUUAAGUUUGUUUUCAAAUUAAUUACCUUAACUUUUAUAUUUA